GCUGGCGACCCAGAAAGCAGCCGUCAUUUAUUAGCAUUGGUAUGCCGAUGGGGGUCGGACGGCGCAAACCCCCUCGGUCACCGGAUCGGCGGCAGCUGCUCGGCCACCCGGUGCUAUUUUCACCCUCAGGAUAAGGUGAUGUGCAGCCGCCCGCGCGCACGGCCCCAGCAGCUCCAGUCCGACCAGAGCAGAGCCAGGAUGAGGUCCACCGGCAGUGAGCGCAGCGCGCAGCCCGACGGCUUCGCCUCCGACCUGGACGACCUGGACACCGGCAGCGACAGCUCCGACGGGAAGUCCAGCAGAGACUGCAGCCCCCACGCGCUGGCAUCGGAGGAGGCCGGAGACGGCUCCCGGAGGGGCAGACGGAGGAGGAGGCGGAGACGCGGCAGCGGCGGAGACGCGUGCGUCGCCGGUGCGAGCAAACAGAGGCAGGCGGCAAACGCGCGGGAGCGGGACAGGACGCACAGCGUGAACAUGGCCUUCACGGCGCUCCGCACGCUCAUCCCCACCGAGCCCGUCGACAGGAAGCUCUCCAAGAUAGAGACGCUGCGCCUGGCCUCCAGCUACAUCUCACACCUGGCCAACGUGCUGCUGCUCGGGGAGGACUGCCGGGACGGACAGCCGUGCCUCGGCUACCCAAGCAUCCUGCACGGCGCCGCGGCGCUCAGCGCGCCCUCGCUGCGGCCCAUCUGCACUUUCUGCCUCAGCAACCAGAGGAAACUGCUCAGAGAUGGAGGGAAGCACUCGUCUGCUGUGUGAAGCGAAGCAGCAGCGGACAGACGGGGGAGUCCGCCUUCAUGCUGUUUACAUGUUGAUGUACAUAUAUAUAUACAUAAAAAUAUAUUUAUUUUGGGACGAGAGAAAGAAAUUAACACUGAAAAGCACUUUCUGUUCACGUCGCUGUGCCGCUGUGUUUUGGUUGAGCUGUAACCUGAGCUCAUGUGUAAAGUUGCACCUUACAGGGGGGCUAUUUUGAUACCACAAAUAGUACAAACUACCCCCCCCCACCCCAACCCCACACAUCUCCU